AUGUUGAAUGAGCGUCUCGCAAAGCGCAGAGUCACCCUUAGAACUUCAGUCAAGGGCUUCAGGGUCAGUUAGGCUACGCCAGUGAGCGGCGGACACGCGGAACUGUCAUGAAGAAUAAAACCGCGCCCUCAGAGCCGGCUGCAUGCAGAAGUUCAAAGAUAAUGGUAGGAGGGCGCUCACCGAUCGUUCUUGCGGAAGUCACUCGUUUCGUUGUGCCUUGCGGGCUCUAUCUCGUGCCCAACCAGCAGCCGCACAGCGGUGCAUGAUAAAGGUAGUACGUUAUUACUGACAAUGACAAAGGAGACUGGAAUGGCCAGAGAGAAAGAGAGACAGGGCCCAUAAGGCGCUACGGAACGAGUGAGUUUCGUAAUAACGGUCGGUGAGUGCCCCCUACCAUUGUAUAUUCCCGAUCGAAACCGAUAGGGACACGGGCACGUGGCCCAGUGGUUUGAGACGUGGACUUCUAACUAACAGGUCGCGAACUCGAGUCUCGGGUGUUCCACACUUCGGGCUUGGGUAUGACUGGCUGACGAGGGCUAAUAAGCCAGAAACGGCCGUUCCAGUCUCCCUUGUCUUUGUCGGUAAUAACGCAGUUCAAAGAUAUACGACAAUAACACGCAGGAAAAACACUGGUAAUGCUAAAUCCCCUUCCGCGUACCAUCAUCGAUAAUGUGCAUUCGGGGCUUACAGUGGUCAUGUGGGGGGAGGGGGGGACCUCCGACUGCAUUGAAGCAACAACAAGACCUCCGCUACGUCGAGGGGCAUUGCUCACCACAGUCCAACCCCAGAAUCAAGAAAACAGAAGUCAGCCACUCCGACUCGUUCAUCCCUGUGGUGUCUGCGGUCUGACUGUGAAAUACAACGAAUGGAACAUUCGGUGUAGCAGCUGAACACUGUUCCCAAAUAUCGCCCGCCUUCCUCCGUCAUAUACUACAACGCCACAUCUGGAGUUGUCCAGCGUGUUGGAUGUCCAGCCAAACUACGUGCCCUCAACGGGAUUAUUUUGUGCCCAACGGCAACAUUGGUAAUAACUGGCCAGUCGUCGGACACCUUCCCAUACAACCGCCCCAAAGCCCUGCUCCCAACUAACAGAUAUAAGUUUUGUGAUAACAGUCACCGGUGUUUGCGACGGGCGAACUAUUACGGCCAACUGGCUGUGAUUUGUAGGCUAUUCCAGUCGUGUGCGCCUUUGCGCAUUAAACCUUACUUGUCAGAUUUAAGCUCAGUAAUGUAGGUGGGAAGUGUGCUUCUUGGCUCCUCCAUGAGGCUCCACGGCUGCAUGUGUGAUCCGAGCCUGAGACUAUCACGGUGCGCCAAUUGCCGAGGCAUGAACGGCUGCCCCAACUCAGUCCACUUAGUUAUGUGUGCGUGUCUGUGUGGAGUGGCGGACUGGUGGGCUGAGAGACAGGUUGUCACGGCACCGUCCUAACUGUUCUGUGACACUCACGCAUGUGGGGAGUGUGUGUGUACUUUAAUGGUAGUGCCUCUCCAUCGAAAACUGUUUGGUUAUCCUGCCUUGAAGAUGAGAGGGCUCAGGCAAAUGCAGGGCCACGUGUCACCCUUCUGGGCCUAGAGAUCCGUAAACGACUGCUAUGCCAGGAUCGGCAAACCAUGGCCUUCGCAGUCUGGUAUACGCUGGCAGUUAUCCAAAGCCUGGUUUCCUACCGAUAGAUGCACUUGCGCUCCCGCAUUGUAUACAGGUCGUGAGCAUGACUGCCCGGUCAGCCUCUUCUUUUGACCUGUCGUGUUGUUGUUGUUGUUGUUGAUGAUGAUGAUGAUGAUGAUGAUGAUGAUGAUGAUGAUGAUGAUGAUGAUGAUGAUGAUGAUGAUGAUGAUGAUGAUGAUGAUGAUGAUGAUGAUGAUGAUGAUGAUGAUGAUGAUGAUGAUGAUGAUGAUGAUGAUGAUGGUGGUGGUGGUGGUGGUGGUGGUGGUGGUGGUGGUGGUGGUGGUUAA